GAGCUCGUGGCUCGUGCUCGUCUUCUCAAGAGAAGAGUUCCUCUGACUUUUUCUUGCUUGCUUCCUUCCAUUUUGGCAGGCAGGCAGUCGGCAGAGGCUCACAAGAAAAGAAAAGGCAGACUAGACUCGCCUUUCCUCCUCCCUCCCUCCACCGACCGCCCCGCAGCAAAGCAAAGCAAAGCAACCUUCCCUUCCCUUCCCCACCGGCGAUCAUUUCCCCGGAUUCCUGCCGAACUCGUUCGAGAUCUGCCCAUCGAAUCCACCCCUCUCCCCACCCGCGAUUUGGGAGCCUCUGCCUGCCAUGGGCAUCUCUCACCCUCUCUCCGACGAGUACGACGCCCUCCGCGCCGCCGUCCUCUCGCCGGAGAAGACGCCCCCCUCGUCCCCGCCGCCGCCACCCCAUCACCACUGCCUGGAGCACGAGGUUUCCAGGAUGGACACGCUCGCCGGCAUCGCCAUCAAGUACGGCGUCGAGAUAUCGGACAUUAAGAGGGCAAAUGGUCUGGUCACUGACAGCCAGAUGUUUGCACACAAAACACUGCUCAUACCUCUACCAGGAAGGCCCAUGCCAGCUGUUGUAAGAUUGAGCGGUUCUGGUCAAAGAAUGAAAAGAGCAUGGGCUCCAAACUAUCAGCAAAACAGAGACACCAUUGAUUCACUAGAUUCAUCGAAUUGUGGUCAGAAGGGGGCGUCACCUGCAAUGAGUACCUUGCAGAGAUACUAUGGCCUAUCAUCUCAGAAAGGAAGCGCCAUGGAUUGCAGCACUGAAAUGUCUGUGUACCACAAGGGUGGCUUCCAGAGUAAUCUAAGUGAAACAUUGCUGAGUUCUUCUGCAGCUCCAGGCACAAAGGGUACAGAUGGAAGCUGGGAGUAUGAAGAGCCAGUUAACAGGCUUUCAUCAGCGAACGGUGCCAAUGGGAACAAGAGCAACGGAGUACCCAAACCCAAGCAAGAUGCUUCUAUGCGUCGUCGGCAGAAAGCGGAAGCAGAAUCUAACAGAACCGAUAUCCAGGAUGAUUUUCUAGCGGACCCAAUUAAGGCAAUCAAGAGUUUGUUGCCACGGCCAAUUUCUAGUAUCCGUCUAAACAUGGAUACAGGCAGCCCAGAUUCAAGCCAGAAGAGCAGCAUUUCGUUUCUUAAUCUUAAUGGGUUCAAAUCUGUGAGGAAGUCGCCAAGCGCACCCAGCUUUGCAGAUGCAGAAAAUGGGGUGUCUAUGUGGUCUAGCUCGAAAUGGACCUUCAACCAUGAGUCCUUCACCCGGCCGUUACUCGAUGGCCUGCCAAAACCGGUGUCUGGUCGGAGGAUGAAAACUGCCUUGGACUGAACGACUUAAGGUCAGCAUUGCGGAUUUUUCUGGCAUGGUUACUAUACUAGAGUGGAACAACAACUUUUAUGAACCGUGCAGAGACUAGUGGAUAGUGGCAAUUGGAAGAGUAGGUGAGUUGGUAGAGCAUGCGUGUCUUCCGUGCCAGUGGUCUGUGCUCGUUUUCGAAGGAUGGUCAGCGCAGAUUACGAUAUGGUGUAUCUUGUAUUAAGGGAUCGGAGUUGCCCUGUGUUCCUUGCUGCUGUUUAGCUGUGGUAUAUCUUUGCCUCUCUGUUGGGUACAAGUGUCCAGGGCAUUACCGGAUCAUCUAUCAGUGCCAUGGAAGGGAUGGCUCUAGUAUGUAUUUGAUCCAUCCAUCAUGUUCUUGUAUGUACCUUGGUCUGAAGCUUUGGUAGCACAUACAGAUUGAUUGUACGAAAGAGUGCGGAAACCUGCGCAGCGUGUAUGAUGCUGAUGCUGUGUUGGUGGAAUCAAUAGAUAGAUAGAUACGGAGUAGAUUGGUGAUUCUGUUUUCAGUAAUAUGUGUGUUGUUUCAGUUAGUA